AUGGCGUCUCAAUUGUUGCUUUUGCAACUCUGCCUACUCUCACUUCUGCUGGCUACAUCCCGACAAUCUUCCUGCCAGACGCUCCGAAUGCUUUUACCAAGGACCCUUCUGAGACCCGGCUUUGCGUUUCUCAAAUUGCCUGUAUACCGUUUGCUGUUGGGCUUUACGCUUCUCUACUGGCUCGCGAUUGAUUGGGCCCGUACUCGAUGUUGGCGUGACCCAACAUCAGCCUUUUUCGCAGAAGACAAGGCUUAUGAACCCGCCUACUCAAUACUGCGUGGACAGCAAGCCAAUGCAUUCAUAGACCAUGCUGACAACAAUACCCUUCCCUUCUAUUUUCACACCAAAGCAUCGGCUCAUCCUACGAUAUGCGUGGGAAUUACCUCGGUGGCACGGAAGGAUGCAAAUUAUCUCCAAGGCGCCGUAGGGUCUGUACUCGAGGGCCUUACGGUAUGGGAGAGAGGUGGUGUGUACCUGAUCGUCCUGAUCGCACACUCGAAUCCAGCAGAGCAUCCGGCGUAUACGGAGCCGUGGCUGCAUACCCUCACCGACAAGGUUCUCCUCUAUGACCCUGACAUCGUGGACAUUGAACGGAUUCGCGAGCUGGAAACUCCAGAGGCAAAGACCUCUGCCCGCGAGAAAGGUCUGUUGGACUAUGUCUACCUCCUGAGGGCGUGCGAGUCCCUCAACGCCUCAUAUACUAUGAUGCUAGAGGAUGAUGUGAUUGCUCUUGAUGGCUGGUAUCAUCGAACCAAGAAGGCUCUUUCCAUCGCUGAGAAACAGACUAUCGCAAAGGGUAUGGAUCAGUGGUUAUACCUUCGACUCUUCUACACAGAGCAGUUCCUCGGGUGGAACUCGGAAGAAUGGCCAACCUACCUUCUAUCUUCGAUCCUCGCUGCACUAGGAGUAGUAGGGCUCACAGCGGCCAUCCGCUACUACCGCCCAGCCACAACAACAUAUCUCUCGAACAAGGUAAUUCUCGUCCUCACCCUUGUCAUCGCUCCUCUCCUCAUCCUUCUCUUCUUUGCCGCGGGAAGAAUCACAAUGCUCCCGAUCCCUGCCGGCGUACACGAGAUGCCCAAGUUCGGCUGCUGCUCCCAGGGGUUAGUCUUUCCACAGAUACGCAUCAAAGAUCUGGUGUCCUGGUACGAGUCCCAGAGAAUUGGCUAUGUCGACGUACUCACGGAAACCUACGCCGAUAAGAACAAUGACUUACGCUGGGCAUUGACUCCGAGUGUCCUGCAGCAUGUGGGGAGCAAGAGCUCAAAGGCGAAUAUGCCCGGGGAACACCGACACCGAACGGUUUCCGAAACGAUCUGGAAUUUCAGAUUUGAAGAAAAUGAUAAAGAGCGGUUGCGGUGGGAGCAUGAACAGCAGAUUGAACCAGAUGUAUAA